GGAGCUUCGAGCGUCCUGACAGCAGAGAGCUAACCUGCGAGGUUCAGUAAUGACAGGUUUAUGGUAGCAAGUAGUUCUAUUAUCAGGAUAAUGGUUUUUGAAGCAUAAGGUCUUUAGUAACGACCGUAAUGAUUUGGACUUUAAAAACGAGUGCAGUCGCUGCGUUACUGGCUACACAACCAAAGCUCUCGACGUGCUGUAUUACAGCGAGACACCUUCACAAUGCUUAUGAUGUGGCUGUGGUGGGUGGUGGCAUUGUUGGUCUGGCCACAGCCAGGGAGCUCAUUCUCAGACAUCCCACACUGAGCUUUGUUUUGCUGGAGAAGGAGAAAGAGUUGGCCAUGCACCAGAGUGGACACAACAGUGGAGUCAUCCACAGUGGGAUCUACUACACCCCCGGUUCCCUGAAGGCCAGACUGUGUGUGCGAGGGGCCACCCUAGCCUACGACUACUUAGAAAAGAAGGGCAUUCCUUACAAGAGAUGUGGGAAGCUCAUCGUUGCCGUGCAACAAGAGGAGGUCCCCAGACUCCAAGCCCUGUACGAGCGGGGGCUGAAGAACAAAGUGCGUGACCUCAGCGUGAUUGAUGCCAGGGGGAUCCGGGAGCGCGAGCCGUACUGCAGGGGAGUGAUGGCCUUGGAUUCUCCCUACACUGGCAUUGUAGACUGGAGACUAGUGUCUCUGACCUACGGAAGAGACUUCCAAGAGGCCGGAGGGACAGUGGUGACUGAAUAUGAGGCCAGCGACAUGGUCAUGGCCAGAGAGAGCUCACCUGCUAGCACUGAGGGAAUUAAAUAUCCCAUUGUCAUCCGAGAAACAAAGGGCAGGGAGGUGAGAUGCCGCUACGUCCUGACCUGCGGAGGCCUGUACUCUGACCGCCUGUCCCAGAUCUCUGGCUGCAGCCCAGAGCCCAGGAUCGUGCCUUUCAGGGGGGACUACCUGGUCCUAAAGCCAGAAAAGCACUACCUCGUUAAGGGCAAUAUCUACCCGGUCCCGGAUCCUCGUUUCCCAUUCCUUGGAGUUCACUUCACUCCUCGUAUGGAUGGCAGCGUUUGGCUUGGUCCCAACGCCGUCUUAGCCUUCAAACGGGAGGGCUACAAAGUGAAUGACUUUAAUAUCAGAGACUUUGGAGAUGCGAUUUCUUUCAGAGGCCUCCAAAAACUAGUGCUGAAGAACAUGGUGUAUGGUGUUGGAGAGAUGUACAGGGGGCUGUUUAUUGGUGCUCAGGUCAAAAUCCUGCAGAAAUACAUCCCAGAGCUCUCUCUGAGUGAUGUGCUCAGGGGUCCCGCAGGGGUACGUGCUCAAGCUCUGGACCGUGAGGGGAACUUGGUGGAUGACUUUGUGUUUGAUGGCGGGGUGGGGGAUGUGGGUGGGAGAGUACUGCAUGUGCGCAAUGCUCCCUCACCUGCAGCCACCUCCUCCCUGGCUAUUGCAGAGAUGAUCGCAGAUGAGGUGGAGAAACGCUUUGCACUGUAGAGAGACCAGAUACUGUUGUAAGAGGGAGGUUUGAGCUCGCAACCUGAGCACUUCCAUGGGUAUAUGAUGUGGACACUGACAUAUUUUACCUUGUACUCAGAGGAGAGAAAAUCCUGUUUCUAGUUUCCUGGAGAUCAUUAAUAAUUAAAUCAUUGUAAUGGAUAAAGAUAUUUUUUUGUAAACAACACGGAUGAAAUGUAGUUGGUUCCAGACAUUAUGGAUUGUAUUUAAUAACUUGAAGAUAUAUUUUUGAUAUAUAUUUCUAUGACAAAUUACCAUUGAAAUAUGACUUGGAUUGGCUUCUGAAAAUGUAUCAGUGGCUUACUGAUUUAUAUCAGAUAAUGGUUUGAUUUAUGCUGCUACAGUGUCCAUAUUUUACUGAACUGAUGUAUGCUGUUGUGUCAAAUAACUGGUAAACUUGAACCUUUGUUUUUAGAUAUCAUUAAAUUAUAUAUAUACAGACAACUUGUC